UCUAUUUUUUUUUUUUUUUCUUUUUUGCCCUUUUAGUCUUAAUGGAGGCCAGAAUCUCAUCCUCUCUUGGCCUCCCAUCUCCAAAACCCCAAGAAUUCUCAACACUCACCGAAUUCAAAGGACUCUUCAACCACUUCACCACCCUUACACUCGACAACAACAACAACAACAACAACAAACCCAUCGACAUUCACAACCAUAACCACAACCUCCCCUUCGCUUCAACAACUUCAUCCAACCCGACCCGAUUCCCGAAAUGGCUCCGACCCACUUCCAGAAACAACCCAAAAGUCCAAACCCUGAUGAAGAACCUCUCAGUCCUCGAGCGCGCCCUCAUCGGCGCUGCCGGUGGCGGCAUCGCCGGCGCGUUUACCUACGUGUGCUUGUACCCACUCGACACAAUCAAGACCAAGAUGCAAACACAGGGCGCCUCCGAAAUUUACAAAAAUGCCCUUGACGCGGUUGUGAAGACUUUUCAGUCAAAGGGUGUUCUUGGCUUCUACAGUGGUGUCUCUGCUGUUAUUGUCGGUUCCACUGCUUCCUCUGCUGUUUAUUUCGGCACCUGCGAGUUCGGUAAGUCGUUUUUGUCAAAACUGGAGAACUACCCUGCCGUUUUGAUCCCACCAAGUGCUGGCGCAAUGGGAAACGUCGUGUCGUCUGCAAUAAUGGUGCCAAAGGAAUUAAUAACACAGAGAAUGCAAGCUGGUGCAAAGGGAAGGUCUUGGGAAGUUUUGGUGAGGAUUUUGGAGAAAGAUGGUGUGAUGGGUCUUUAUGCAGGUUAUUCUGCUACAUUGCUUAGGAAUUUACCUGCUGGGGUUUUGAGUUAUUCAUCAUUUGAAUAUUUGAAAGCUGCAGUGUUGAAUAGGACUAAUAAGAACCACUUGGAACCUUUUCAGAGUGUGUUUUGUGGUGCACUUGCUGGUGCAAUAUCUGCUUCUCUUACCACACCAUUGGAUGUGGUUAAGACUAGGUUGAUGACUCAGCUUCAUGGGGAUGGUGUGAGUAAGGUUGUGUAUGGUGGGGUUGGUGCUACUGUGAAGCAAAUCUUGAAGGAUGAAGGGUGGAUUGGACUGACACGUGGAAUGGGUCCUAGGGUUCUUCAUAGUGCUUGUUUUUCAGCAUUGGGGUACUUUGCUUUUGAAACUGCUAGGCUUGCUAUACUGCAUCAGUAUCUUAGAAGAAAGGAGUUGAGUGAAAUGUCUAUUUCUCCUAGCUGAGUUUACACCAUUUGCGUAGACAUUUGUUGUAAUGAUUACAAUUGAAGUGAUCUUGCUGGUCCCAGCCUUGAUGCGAGAAGUUCAGGAUUGCUCACCGCAACAAUUCUAGAAUUCUAUUUUUAAGCAUCCAAAUAUGUCACAUGUGGGAUGUUCGUUGGUAUCUUUAUCAUUCUUUGCUUCCCUCUCAUAUUCUUAGUCUAAUACUUGAAUCAUUUUGCUCCUUUGAAGCUAU